AUGGAUGACGAGGCCGACGUCAUACCGGUGCGCGGUGACGAUGACAUUCAGGACUAUCCUUCUCGUCGAUCAAGACAUGAUCAUGACAUUGAAUGGUGGAGAAAGUUUGGCUACGGAGUCGGCCAUUUCUACAAUGACCUAUGCGCGAGUAUGUGGUUCACAUAUCUUAUGAUCUACCUGGAGAAAGUUCUGAGAUUUCGCAGCUCUCAUGCUGGGUUGUUAAUGCUUAUCGGCCAGGUCACCGAUGCGGUCUCAACUCCUCUUGUUGGGAUCGCCAGCGAUUCCAGUAUGUUACCAAGAUGGGUUGAUAAAAUUGGUCGCCGCAUCUCCUGGCAUAUGAUUGGUACAUUUUGUGUGACGUUGUCUUUUCCGUUCAUAUUUAACCGCUGUUUUGUGUGCUCUGAUACUGGCAAUGAGUGGUACAAAGUACUGUGGUUCGUACCAUUCAUUAUGCUGUUUCAAUUCGGCUGGGCCUCAGUCCAGAUCUCACAUCUAGCAUUAAUUCCUGAGUUGUCUUCAAUCGAUAGUAGUCGAACUACAAUGAACUCCUUAAGGUAUUCUUUCACUGUAAUUGCAAACCUGUCGGUAUUUGUGGUCUUGGCAUGGUUCCUGUCUCAAAGUACUGACCAUUCGGAGAUUGGUCCAUAUGAUUUCACUCAUUUUCAGACUGCUGGCUUUAUUGUUGUUGGAGCUGGUUUGUUAGUGACCAUGUUAUUCUAUGCAAUAGUUCGUGAACCGAAGACUGGUAGAAGGUUGAGUCGUUUGAACUCGUUUUCUUCCGAUGCGAGUGAGCUAAUAAGGAUGCACUGGACGAGUUGGUUUGGUUACAUACAAUUUUAUCAGAUUGCAUUGCUGUAUAUGCUGUCCCGUUUGUGUAUAAAUGUGUCGCAAGUGUACUUCCCCUUCUAUAUUACCUUGACUCAGAACUACAGUAAGAAGUACGUUGCAAUAUUUCCAAUGGUCUCCUAUCUCUGUUCAUUUCUUGUUUCAACCCUGAAUGGACUACCGUUUUUGAACACGUUGAUCAACAGGAAGUUCCUAUUCCUUCUGGGAGUGCUAUGCGGCUUAGGAACAUGUGUCACGCAAUCAAUUCUACUGGUAACUUCACUCUCUAUUACUGCUGAUUUAAUCAACAGAAACACAGAAAGUGGUGCGUUCGUGUACGGUGCGAUGAGUUUUGUCGAUAAACUUGCCAAUGGUGUUGCCUACCAGAUCAUUGAACUAUGGAAUCCAUCGUGCGAUCCGACUCAGCCACAUCAUGCGUGCCAAGUCUUCUAUCGGACGAUUAUGGUGUAUGUCCCUGGUGGAUGUCUACUUUUAGCACUCAUAACACUUUUGUCACUUAUACCAUCACAAAUUGGCCGAAGAGGCAGAAGAGCGGAGGAUCCGGACCAGGUCGCCAUUAUGGACGACGAUGGGCUUGUCACGGAAGAUCAGUGA